AGAGUUUUUGGCGAAGGGGCGCAUACCAUUGGCAUGAGAUUCGAAAAGCAGCGCUCAUCUCUGCAAACGCCAGUUUUCUCUCGGGAAGUUCACUUUGCAGGCCUGAAGGCUGACCCUUGAUUGCCGAGACUAUCUUGGAUGAUAUAUGAAUCCUUGAUCGCUGAGAGUCUCCUUUGAAAGCGCGCCUUAAAGCGCCGGGUACGCUCAGCAGCCGUAUCUAAGCUUGGGCCUUCAAGUUGACCGCCAGACGUUGUUAUCCACAUUGGGCUUCAUAGAGAUCGAUUAUUAGGCCUGCUGCACAUCAAUGCGGUCCAGAAAACGUUCUGACAGGAUGAGAUCUGCGGCGACUGAGAAAGCGCUGUAGCACAUAAUCAAAGCCGAAUGACAAUGGCAUGUGAGGAUUCUCACUGUACUGCAAAGUGCACUACAUUACAAUACUACUCAACACUGGCACAGCUCUAGCGGCUCCUCCCUUCAAAGAUCACAUACAUUCGCUGCUCGUGAGGUGCACGUGUCCGUGCAAUGGCCAAGCGCCUGGUCCGCACCCUGGUGCUGGCUUGCAUUGGCGUUCUGGGCCUGCUCUACCUCGACUUUGUUCACUUGCACCGCUUCUACUCUGCAGAACCAGAAAGCUGGCAGAUCGACUCGAGGCCUGGGUCCGCCCUGGUGCAGGUGCAGGAGGAGGUGGUGCCCUUUGUAUACGUCGCCUCCGAGCUGACCGAGUUUGUGGUCUACUGCCUGCGAGCAACGCGCAGGUACCACCCUGGCGUGCCGCUGCUGGUGGUGAUCAGCGGGGAGGCGGCCCUGUCGAUUCCGGCGCUCAAGGAGGUGCUGCGCCUGCCGGGGGUGCAGGUCAAGCUGAUGGAGCACUUCCUCACCCCCGGCACCGACGCCCACACUUUUGGGCAAAGGUACAUCCACCACAGUGUGGUAGCGGAGGACUUUGAGCGCUUCUGCUUCCAGCGCUUCUUCAUCCUGCGCGACAUUGCCGUCCAGGAGGGCUACUCGCGCUUCUUCCACCUGGACCACGACAUGGUCCUAUUUGCGGACCAGGCCGACUUCCUGCGCUCCCCCGCCGACAUCGUGGCCCUCUCCACGCACUCGACCUUCUUCUCCGUCUGGCGCCUGCCCGCCCUCAACCGCUUCUGCGACCACAUGCUGCACUUCUACACGCGGCCCCAAGCAGCGGUGGAGGCGGACUGGGAGCGGUUCGGGGAGGCAAUGAACGCCACGUUCCACCAAUUCAGCGACAUGUACAUGCUCUACUCGUUCGUCACCGCGGCACAGGAGGCGGGCCAGCCCGUCAGCCAGCACCUCCUCGUGUACGACCUCAAGGGCGAGCUCACGCCCGACUACAGGGCGUACUAUGCGUUGAUGAACCUGCAGCAGUACAUCGGGUGGGACUGCGACCUGGCCGAGUUCCGGCGCGUGGUGGAGUGGCGCAUCGUGGGCGGCGCGGGCCUGCUGCUGCCGCAUGUGAACGGCACCGCGCUGGCGGGCAUCCACUUCCAGGGCCACUUCUGCAAGCAGAUCGCGACGCCCGUCCUGGACUGGGCCCUGCGCGCCAUGGACACCGUUGACUCGCCCGCGGAGCAGCAGGAGCAAGAGAGCGAAAACGACGGGGGGGCGGACGGUACCGCAGACAGCGGUGGGCAUGAGGCGGAGGGCCAAGGGGAGGGCGGGGGACUGGGGAACGAGGGUGCGGUGGCGGCAGUGGCGGCGGGAGCGGUGGUGCAGGCGGAGUCGCGUGAGGGCGCGGACUCGGCGCUGGUGCGGGAUGCGGGGGACCCGGUGAAGGAGACGGACGUGAUGGCCGUCAUGACGGGCGACUGGGCCGUGUUCAAAGCAGAGGGGCAGGGGAGACAAGACGGUCCGAUCUCGUUGUCGGCGCAGCGUUUGCACCUCAGAUUGCCCGUUGGCGCGCAAGCAUGGAGCAACGGAGGGUUAUGA